AUGGACACACCACAUACUUCGACAUCUUCAAAGCUUUUACCUCAACUUACCCAAGCACCACCACAAUACAGUGCUUUGGAUGACUCUAACGGUUUUGCUGAUAGCUCAUCGAACCUCUUGGCCUCCAAUACGUCCGAGCUAGCUUCAAAACAUCCGAAAUAUGCCCUCAAUUCGACUGCGUCUGAUGAUCUUGAAUCAGGUUUCCAAGACUCCUUACCCGAUGGCCAACCACCAGAAUUCUCCAUGUAUCGAGCGUCUUAUAGCACCGAUUCGCUUGGAAACAUCACCAGUCACGAUCCACAUUUGAACUCUGACGGUGAAGCACUUUGUCGAUUUAUAUUGCUUCACUCUACUACCCCACCUGAACUAUUCGUGAAAUUGACCGGAACCCAUGAGGAAGUGAGGAUUGAGACCUUCACUGAGACUGAAGAUGGUCGCACAGUUUACAAAACCCGUGAACGUCGCGACACCGUUACGGAUUUCUCCUUCACUGUUCCACUAGUCUCCCAGUCUGAUCUUGAAUCAGCUGUGCGCGUGAUUCAUGUCGUCAACGACGGAGAAGUAGUGUCUCGUGGUGCUUGCUGGCGCCAGCGUGCAGACUGGAAAGGAAAGGAUUUACUGCUGUUCAACCGUGCAGCCGGUGGUACUCGCUGGUGCGACUCCUCAGCCGGUUCUCGGGCCGUUGGAGUAUCCUGGAAAGAAAGAAGGGCGGCAGAUCAAGUUUCAAAAGAGAUCAAAAUGCGUGGUUUACCACCUUUUAUUCCUCCUUGGAUGUUUCCAGAUGGAACGUUUUCAAGAGCUCCACCUCGGCCACCCCCUGAGUUCACAGGCCCUGAUGUUGAAUCGAGCUGCCAGCGUGUUAUUGACACAUUCAUACACCAGAAUCAUUACCACCAUAACCCUCAUCCUCAAGACCAGAUUGUGAUGGAACAAGAGCUUCGAAAAUGGUGUGACAUUUAUUGUCAAAGUACUAAGCGCCUGAAACAGUUUCGGGUUGAGAAGCGGUGUUUUGGUUGGAACCUUGAGGCUAUUCGACGUGAGCUUUAUUCGACUAUUCGUGCUCUUCCUAAUCUACGGUCAACCCAUAUUACUUGUGAUUUUCAUUCAACUUCUUCUUCUAUCACAAUCCGACCUGUCAAUAUUUUCUCAAAAGUCUUCUCACUCAGUUGGUUUCCAAAAUUCUUAUUAUCCAUCACACUCAUUUAUCCAAUUUUAUGGUUAAUUCGAUAUUUCAUACUUGGAGCGGAAUUAGGUGUCAUAAGGAUUGGAUAUCCAAUGGUUUAUUGGUCUGGAGAAAGAUCAAAUGGUAUGGAUCAGGAACAGAUGUUAGUGUUGAAGGGUCAAAAAGAUAGUGAAUGGUUACAAGCCAAUUUGCAAAGCAUCAAAUUCGCUUGUCUAAGCGGUAAGAUUGGUUCGUUGUUAGCGGGGUGAAUUCCUCGUAGGCUGUGUUUGUAUAAUUUAUGACAAUGUAUUCAGUAUCGAUAUGAGUUUAGCAAAAUAAUUUGUAUGUACCUUUAAGCACAGUCGGCAUUUAUGGUUCAUUUAACCUCAUGUAGUAUUUCUCUAUCCUCACUUUAAAUUUCUGAAUUCAUCAAAGGUUCAAUUUGCGAUC